GAAAAGUUCAAUGAAAGCUAUCUGAAAAUGACCACUCAACUAAAGCCAUUUUCCAGUAGAGGAAAAUGGGAAUGUAUAGAGGGAGAUCAGCUUUAUUUCAGUUCCAAGCUCAUUCCUGACCCCACCUAUCACUUGUAACUUGUAAGGAAAAGUUUGAACUUAGAAGUUAGGCUGGGUUCUUGGAGCCAUGGCAGUGUCAGGUUUGGGAAGUCUUUUUCCUUAAGUUUAACUCUUCUUAAAUAUUUCAUUUGUUGAAUUGUCCAAUAUCACAUUAGUUGUUGACUGUUACUGUGUGUGUGGAUUAGGAUUAAAGAACCACCUCAGUUUAAACUCAGACAAGCCACUAGAUGUUGCUUUAUUCAUAAUCCAACCAAGAUUCUGAUUCACAUUUGUAUCCUUGUCUAUUAAUUUUGUAGUAGUGUCAUUGCAGAUGUUUCAUGCUUCAUACAUUCUUAUUUUGUAAUAUGCAUAUAUAGAAUUAUUAAAUUAGAACUCAAAAACCUACUUGAUAAAAGCAUGGCAGGAUCUAAUUGAAGAAGGGAAAAAGAAUAUUGAUAUAAAUAACAUGCCUUUUGGUCUAGUUACAGCAUGGAAUAAACGCAGGAGAAGCAAGUCGGACGGGCAGAUCGAUCCAUGGGUAUACAAACCUGCAGAAGAGUGGCAGCUUGAAGAUCUUAAUCCACCUGCAAAAAGACACCAUGGCUCAUUAGUUUUUACACUGAAAGAAAUGGAGGAGGCAACAAAUUCUUUCAGUGAUGAAAACCUCCUUGGGGAAGGAGGAUUUGGUCGAGUAUAUAAGGGAACAAUCCGAACCGGAGAGGUUGUAGCAAUCAAGAAGAUGGACUUGCCAUCAUACAAAGAAGUGGAAGGGGAGAGAGAGUUUCGUGUGGAAGUUGAUAUCUUAAGUAGACUGGACCAUCCAAAUCUCAUAUCUUUGGUGGGCUAUUGUGCUGAUGGAAAACACAGAUUUCUCGUAUACGAGUAUAUGGAAAAGGGGAAUCUUCAAGACCACUUACAUGGGAAAGGAGAAAGGAAGAUGGAUUGGCCUAUGAGGCUGAAUGUGGCUUUAGGAGCAGCAAGAGGCCUUGCAUAUCUCCAUUCAAGUCCUGCUGUUGGGAUUCCUAUUGUUCACAGGGACUUCAAAUCCACCAACAUUCUUCUAAGCACCAAGUGCGAAGCUAAGAUAUCAGAUUUUGGGCUUGCUAAGUUGAUGCCAGAAGGCAAGGAAAUAUGUGUCACAUCAAAUGUGUUUGGGACUUUUGGCUACUUUGAUCCUGAGUAUACACGGACAGGAAAACUUACUUUACAAAGUGAUGUUUAUGCUUUUGGUGUUGUUCUGCUUGAGCUCUUGACUGGACGUGGGGCAGUAGACCUCCACCUUGGCCCAAGUGAUCGGAAUCUGGUACUACAGGUCAGGCAUAUUAUUAAAGACAAGAAGAAACUUUAUAAAGUGAUUGACCCAGGGAUGAGCAGGGGGUCAUACACAAUGGAGUCUGUCACCAUGUUUGCAAAUCUAGCAUCGCGAUGUGUCCGGUCUGAUAGUUGUGAAAGGCCAUCAAUGGCAGAAUGCGUGAGAGAACUCCAACAGAUUCUUUGUACAAAUACAAGAGGAAAGGGGUUGACGAUGCACAUAUUCAGAAUGAUCUGAAAAUCCACUAUUCUACAUCAGGGAUUCCAUGUCAGAAUCUUUAUGAGCUUUAUUAAUGAGGAAGUCAUAAAGUUCCCAUGCUAGCUUGUACAUACAUAGGAUACAAUGAUACAUCUAAAUGGAUAUAUCUAUAGAGAUAAAGUAGUUAAAGAUCUGAAUGAGGUAGUUAUUAUUGUGCCCAAAUUAUGUGUGCUUGACCAGAAUGGUGGACAACAAGGGCAUGUUCCUUAGGCUAAUGGAAAAAAUCAUUAAAAAAUGGUCGAAAUUUCGAUGAAUUAAUAAUAAUAGUAGUCCUC